UGCACAUGUUUGCAUCUUCCUGAUGAAGCCAUUUUAACAUUAUCUGACCAUGACAAUAGAGCAGAGAACAAUGAUUCGAUUCGGGUCGAUUAUUGGACCUUUUUUGAUGGUACUGUUUCAUUUUCCAGCAACAGCACCAGAGGGGCAAACUUCAUCCUUCUUCACCGUCCAAACAGGCGACAAAAUAACUUUGUCUUGUGAAAAUGUAAUAAAAGAUCAGAAAAACUGUGACAGGACGACAUGGACGUACAGAAACUUCAUGCAGGAAGGAACCAUCUUUGAAAAUGGGCAGAUUAACAAAGAUGCAACAACUGAUUCCAGUAGACUGAGUUUAACAGCGAACUGCUCUUUGGUUAUAAGGAAGGUCACACUUCAGGACGCUGGGCUUUACACCUGCAGACAAAACCUGCUGGCAAAUCAAGAUUCACAAGAGUCUCUGGUUGAUGUGUCUGUUAUUAGAGUGAGUGAACCGGUGUUUAAUGAUGAUGUUAGCUUGCGCUGCUCUUUACAGGAACAUAACUACUGCACUCACACAGUAGAGUGGGUGUAUGACCAGAAAAUGCCCUCAGGUGUGAAGGUCAUAUCAUAUUCCUGCUGGACCACUGUGACAUUUACAAUGUCUGUCUUCAAUCAGAAGUCAAACAUUUAUGAGUUACUGAAAUGCAAAGUGACGGCUAAAACCACUGGAGAGGUUCAGCUGUUCAGCUUCAGGCCUCAGUCUGAAGAUGAGGAAGAUGGAGAAAAAGAUGCAACAACCACAGCAAAAACAGCAACAAACACAGCAACUUUACUGACCACAAGAAAACCAACAAUCUCUAUAGCAACAACAACGGCUCUGCCAUCAUUCAGCAGGAAAUGGACGAGCAUCAAAGGCAACGCAACCGACAACAGGAAGUAUUCAAAGCAACAAGAUUUCAUCUAUUUUUUAAGAUGCAUCAUUGUGUCGGUGGGUUUGGCAGCUCUCCUAAUGUUGGUUGUUUCAGUCAACAAGUGGGCAAAAACUAAAGAAUGCAGAACACAGCCAACCCAACAAAAAUGAAACAGCGUACCGAACCGCAGCGACCCGAACACUCGGACCUUCCCCACUCAGCUCCUUCAGACUAGCGGCAGCAGCAUUUAGCAAACACUUGGUGGAACUGUGCAUCUGAGGAGCUCAUCAUACAAACUACUUAUCCAUCCAGGGUCUCUGCUGGUUGUAAAAUGGCACAAAAGAAAGACAUCGCAGUGACAACAUGCUGAAGAGUGUCGGAAAGAGGAACUUCUUUAGAGACAGAGGACCAAUUUCAAAUGUUGAAGUCAAUUUUAUUGUAAGUUAUGUUUCAUGAUGUAUGUAGCAUUUUUAUAAAAGCUAAAGGUAACGUAGUUAUAGAUUGUGCAAUAAAAUGGCACUAUGUGCCUGGAAAAUAAAUAAUACUUCUCCUUUUACCUUUAGUUCCAUCUGCCAAGUAUUCUCAGUUGUUUCCUGAAACAACGAAUGCAUGCUUUCUGGAAAAACAGCAUAUUUAACAGUGUGGUCUGACACACUGAAAGUGUGAAAUGACAGCUGUGUGUUUCGGCCACAGUGUAGGAUGUUAGAGUUUAAAUUAAAGACUGAAGAAACCACCAGAACUGAUGGUUACUUCUGUUCCUAUCGUUUAAGAAACGGAGAUGCUGACAGAAACUAACACAUGGCUCACCACAAAUAAACAGCCAGGUUAUAUUCCAUGACAUCAAACCGCCUCACACUAUUUAUUAAUACACCCACAGGUCAAAUACCUGACUUUAUAUUUGCUCAAAGAAGCCAUGACCCAAGAAUGAACUGUCCUCAGUUUGAACUUAUCAAAAAAUUAUUUACGCAUCUAUUUUUGUUGAAUGUUGCUGUGUUGUACCCUACUGUCAAAUAAUAAAGAAUUUUAUUUUUCUUUA